AUGAGUUUGAAAAAAGUUAUUGAAAAAUUACCCGUACAUGUGAAAUGUAAAAAUUCAAUUUAUCCAAAAAGUAAAAAUAUCGUUAGAUUUCCCGUACCUGAUGAUAAAGUUUUAUGGAAUAUCGAAUGGCCCCAAUAUUCUCCUGUAGUUUACACUUCAUCAAAUCUAACAAAUCAACCUUGGGCCGAUCCUCCGUUAGAAACUCAUAAUUUUAAUCCCAAAUGGAAUUGUUUAGAUGGAAAAGUCAAUAGAAAAAGUCAUUUUUGUGAAUAUGCUAUUGUCGAUGGUUUACCCAUUAAUCCAAUCGGUAGAACAGGAAUUAAGGGGAGAGGAGUGUUAGGCAGGUGGGGGCCAAAUCAUGCAGCAGACCCAAUAAUCACCAGAUGGAAAAGAAACUCUCAAGGAGUAAUAGAAUGUGAUGUAAAAACUCAAAAACCCAUACUUCAAUUUGUCGCAAUCGAAAGGAGAGACUGUCACGAAUGGGCAAUUCCAGGUGGAAUGGUUGAUCCGGAAAUAUUUAAGGGUUAUGUAGACGAUCCGAGAAAUACAGACAAUUCAUGGAUUGAAACGGUUGCUACAAAUUUUCACGAUGAUGAUGGUAGUCAUGUGAGUGAAUUUCAGUUAUCAGCAGGUGAUGAUGCUUUAAAUGUUAAAUGGAUAGACAUUAAUUUCGAUUUGACACUUUAUGCAAGCCACAAAAAUUUUAUAUCGCAAGUUGCUCGAAUAAGAAAUAGUCAUUGGUAA